CCAAGAUCCGCCCCGACGUUUGCUUUCGUUCCUCAUCACUUUAUGCAUGAACUUUUUAUCCUACCCAUCAAAAGCGUUCAAUAUCAUUGAAUCUACCUCACUAUGAAGUGCCUAUUGGCGCUAGCUUCUCUCUUUGUCGUCCCUGUCCUCGUCCGAGGUGAAAUAUAUUUUAAAGAAUCUUUUGAUGAUGACUCUUGGAAAAAGAGAUGGGUUCAGUCAACUCACGAUAGCUCAUAUGGCGCUUUCAACGUCUCUACAGGGGCGUUUUAUGCAGACGCCGUGGCCAAUCGAGCUUUGCAGACGACCCAAGACGCCAGAUAUUAUGCAAUUACGGCUCCUUUUGAUAAAGAGUUUGACAACAAGAAUAAAACGCUGGUUAUACAGUAUACGGUAAAGUUUGAGAAUGGAGCAAAUUGCGCUGGUGGUUACCUCAAGAUCCUUCCGCCGGGAAUCAACGUUUUGGGCUUCAAUGGAGAAACGAAUUACAAUAUAAUGUUCGGACCGGAUAUCUGCGGUGGCAACACAAGGAAGGUGCACCUGAUUUUUAAUUACAAGGGAGAAAACCAUCUGGUCAAUGUCGACAUGUACCCAGCAACCGACCAGCUUACUCACCUGUACACGCUGAUUCUUCACCCAAACCAAACUUAUCAAGUUUUGGUCGACAAUGAAGAAGAGCACUCUGGGUCACUACUCGAAGAUUUCAACUUUUUGCCUCCAAAGAGAAUCAAGGAUCCCAAUGUCAGCAGACCGGAAAAUUGGGACGAUCGAGAAACGAUUCCGGAUCCGGAUGACUUUAUGCCAAGCGACUGGGAAGAUGAACCUGAAGAAAUUCCAGACCCCAAUGACCCACCUCCAGAUGACUGGGAUGAGGAGGAAAAUGGGGAAUGGUACCAACCAAUGGUACCAAAUCCGGCCUGGAAGGGAGAAUGGAAACCAAGGCAACUCCCAAACCCCGCGUACAACGGGACUUGGGUUCAUCCAGAAAUCGAUAACCCCGCAUAUUUCUUUGACAGUGAGAUAUAUGCCUACAAGUCAGCCUAUAUCGCUUUUGAGCUCUGGGCAGGUUACUGCUGGUUCACUAUUCGACGACAUUAUCAUCACGGAUUCAGUGGAAGAGGCGAGAAAGUUUGCCAAAGAAACAUUUAUGAAGAAUAAAAUACCGGAAUGGGAGGCGAAACAAAAGUAUGACGACGAGCAGGCUGAUAGGAUCAAAAAGGAGAAAGAGGCCGCUGAAGCGGAAAACAAGAAAAAGGAGGAGAAAAAGGCUGGCCAUGAAGAACUGUAAAUCGACCUAUCCCCUUGGCUAUAUAAUAUGGAAACCAUAUAUGUACAUUACAUUUUCAAAUUUACAUGAUUUGUAGCGAAACAGCCGCCUUGACCCC